ACUCUCCAUGUCUAUCUUCCACCUGCAGCUUUAAUCCCUAACCUUCGUUUCGCCACGUCCAUGGCCAACCACCGCGCCCCCCUCCUCCUCCUCGUCGUCGUCGUCCUCCUCCUGUCGGUCGGCGGCUCCGUCCAUUGCCGCUCCGUCCUCCUCGGGCCUCCGCCGCCCGAUCCCGUCUCCGACGGAGUCUCCUCCGCCGACGUCCGGCGAGGCGAUGGCCACCCCUACCUGCUCCUCUCGCGGUCCUCCUCCUCCGCCUCCGCCUCCGCCGACGACGGCUCCUCGUCGUCGUGCGACCAGACGUACGGGUUCAUGCCCUGCACGGCCUCCUGGCCCGGCAACCUGUUCCUGAUCCUCGUGUACGGGUACCUCAUGUUCAUGGCGGCCACGUACCUGUCGAGCGGCAGCGAGCUGUUGCUGGAGAUCCUGGGGCCCGGCAUCGUCGGCGGCCUCUUCCUCCCCAUGCUCGGCGCGCUUCCCGACGCCAUGCUCAUUCUCGUGUCUGGACUUUCUGGAAGCUCAGAGACUGCUCAAAGUCAAGUUUCUGUCGGAAUGGGCUUAUUAGCUGGAUCAACCGUCAUGCUUCUUACAGUUAUAUGGGGAUCUUGCAUUAUUGUUGGGAAGUGUGAUCUUCAUAACUCAUUUGCAUUGGACAAACAAGACACAAAAGGAUUUAGCUUGAAAGGUUCUGGUGUCAGUACAGAUUUGUGGACAAGUUAUGCAGCAAGGAUUAUGGUCUUUUCGGUCAUACCCUUCGUUAUUGUUCAAUUGCCUCAAAUUCUCAACUCGACUUCGGGGAAACACUUGGCCGUCUUAAUUUCACUGAUUGUCUCUCUGGCACUAUUGAUUGCAUAUUGUAUUUAUCAGGUUGUCCAGCCUUGGAUACAGAAGCGGCGACUUGCUUAUGUGGAGGACAAGCAUGUCUUUUUUGGUUUCUUAAGACACAUACGGACGCGUGCCCUGGGGAGGCUUCUUACGGAUGAUGGCGAACUCGAUAAGGAUGUCGUGGAGAAGCUUUUUAGGACUUUGGAUGAAAAUGGCGAUGGAUAUCUAAGUGCUGCAGAACUGAAAGCACUAAUAGUUGGAAUCCGAUUUGAAGAGAUAGAUUUGAAUGAGGACGAUGCUGUAGAUAAAGUCAUGAAAGACUUUGACUCCUCAAAUGAUUUCCGUCUGGAAUUGCCCGAGUUUGUGGAUGGUAUUUCUAGAUGGCUUAGCACGGCUAGGAGUUCAGGCGCUGCUUCUGGAAUGAAAAACUUUGGUACAAUGAAGUUUCUAGACGACUUGCACCAUCAAACAAGACAAGAGCAUGCUCAAUUGAAAGGCGGGGAUCAAACUGAUGAGGUCACUGAAGGUGUUGAGAAUCCUAAAUUGAUCACCUUAAAAGCAGUAUUGCUACUGGUCCUUGGAACAAUUGUUGCAGGGGCAUUCGCUGACCCUCUUGUAGAUGUAGUUGACAAUUUCUCAGACGCCACCGGUAUUCCAACUUUCUUCAUCUCCUUUAUUGCUCUGCCCUUGGCUACCAACUCCAGUGAAGCUGUUUCAGCAAUUAUAUUUGCAAGUAGGAAAAAGCAAAGAACAGCCUCGCUUACUUUCUCUGAGCUAUAUGGGGCAGUAACCAUGAACAAUCUCCUUUGCCUAUCAGUUUUCUUGGCUAUUGUUUACAUCAGAGGAUUGACGUGGGAUUUCUCGUCUGAAGUGCUAGUUAUUCUCAUCGUUUGCUUCGUGAUGGGAAUCUUUGCCAGCUUCCGCACCACCUUCCCCCUGUGGACAUCCUCACUUGCCUUUCUUCUUUAUCCUUUCUCCCUGGCACUGGUUUAUGUCUUGGAUUAUAUUUUCGGCUGGUCAUAGACUUGGAACUGUCUCUCGGGCAACAGAGCUUUCCCUUUCCAUUUCUUUUCUUAACAGCUCGUUCAGCUAUAAUUUUCGUCAUGUAAUUGAUAUUAGCUGGAGUUGAGGUUGCCGCUUGAUUAGAGAAUUAGCGACCGGUGACUGUAGAUCUGUGCGUGUUUUACUGCUGAACAUGUUUAAUUGUACUUUCAGCUCUUGGCAGGAUAAAUGACAAGCCUAACAGUUCAGCCUGUGGUAUGCAAAACAUUAUCGUACAGACUCAAUUUAUGGAUAACGUUAAGCACAAAACCAAAAAGUGGGAGAGUUGAAUCCUGUUCCAUCGUGUCCAUUUCCUACGAUGUUGUUAUAUUUCCUGGACAUGUAAUUGACUUAGCUUAGUAGCAUAAGUUGAGACCUGUAAUUUCAGACC